GCAGCAUCAGCUCAGGGCAGCACCUGGACCCAGACUCGACUUUUGACCGAAUUUACCUAUAGUCACUCUCUUUACCUCUCUCUUGUGGGAGAGCUGGAUGAUCACGAAGAGUCUGUAUUUUUCUCAGAGUUUCGUGUUUUUUUUCCAUGUUGAAUUAUUUUAUUCAUUUUUUUUUUUUAAAGGAAAGUUCGAGGAAAGUUCUAGCUUGACUCAAUUUUAUUCACUGUAGGACACCUUGAAAAGGGGGAUUUCGAUUUUCUUUUUUAUUAUUAGGCUAUAUAUUUAUCUUUUUAUCCUAUUUGAGCUGAUUUUUUUUGUUUGUUUGUUUUUUACCUGGGAAAUGAGCUGGACGCAUUUGCUCAGGCUCCUGCUGUCCGCAGCUCUCAGCCUGCAGGCCGCCGCCGCCGCUGCCGCUCCCGCAUCUUCAGGUUGUGAGGAAGAGGAGUGCAGCGGAGGCCAAACGUCCACCGCCGCCUCCAAGGGGAAACUCCUCCAGACCUCUCAGGACUUCCUGGGACAGUUUGCCCAGGUGGGCGCCCCACACGGCGGGGACCGGAAACACCGGGACGCUGGGGCUGUCCUGCCCUUCAUCGGCCUCACCGGCAGUGCGAAGCAGAGUCGUACGUGUUGCAAGAACGGAGGAACCUGCAUCCUGGGCAGUUUCUGUGCCUGUCCGCAGUAUUUCAGCGGGAGGAGCUGCGAGUACGACGAACGCAUCAGGAGCUGCGGUUUGAUUCCUCACGGCGAGUGGGUCCAGAAGGGCUGCUCGUACUGCCGCUGCGGCUACGGCGCCCUGCACUGCUUCCCCCACGUUUUCCACGAAGACUGCGAUGAUUCUGACGAGGCGCACUGGUUUCAUUCGUCGGGCGUCAGGGCGGUUCAGACCGGCUGCUUCCUGUAUCUGAUGCUGCUUCUUCCUCUCCUCCUCCUCCUCCUCCUCUGAGAGUUUCACUGGACGGACACAGGACGACCUCCUGGCCAAAAUGAACUCUGGACUCCACCAGUUGCCAAGCCCAAAAAAACAAACUAACUAUUAAAAACUUGUGUGCUGUGAGACCAAAACAUUGGGAGUUUUGGACAAAAUCUCUGGAUUUGCAUUUGCACCUGACAGACAUCCAUGUGCAUUUUAGACGCCGUUUCCACUCGAUGCGGCUCUGAGCGGAUUGGACGUUUGAACUGCUUGUGUCCACAUGUGCUGCCUGAGUGUAAACACAAGAAAACACACAAGAGUUUACAGAUCUGUCCUUGGGGACGGAUUUUCCAACAGAGGAGCUGACAGUAAAUGCACCAUCUCAGCAGAAUAUUUCUGCUCUUACAGACAUCGCAACGUCACGGCCCUCUGUCCUAACAAAGGACAUGGAGCUGAGCGACAAGAAGGCUAACUCUAACUCUCACCAUAACUUUUUUUUUUUUUGCAGAAUAUAUUCCUACAUCAUCAGCAUAGAAACACAGAAAGGCCAUUUCUCUGAGUCGCAGACGGUCUCACUGCAGCUUCAUGAGGUCAAAAUCUUUUUUUUUUUUUUUUUUUGAAGUUUUGCUGCAGAGUUCUCCGGGGAAAAGCAUCAUCAAAUUCCUGUUUGCAUCUAGAUUUCACACUGAAAAUGUGUUCACGGUUUUGGAUGAUGUGGAUCGGAGUGAGUCAGAUCCUGUUGACUUUUACAGUUAAUUGAUGAAUUUGAAUUUUGCUGCCGCCUUACAACCCAAAUAAUUAUUUUGCUGACAAAAUGCGAACCCUGCUUCAUAUGUUAAAUAACGUAGCUGGCUGUCCUGUGAGACAAUCUUUGCAGCUCACUACCUGAGCCAUGAAGAAAGAGCUGGUUUGCUAGCUCCCAUGUGCAUUUCUUUUGUCCAGUAUUGCAUCUUUGUUUAAGGACACCAACAAAAGUGUGAAGAGAAGGAGAAGAAUCACUGCAGCCCUGGGUCGUGUGUGAUGGGUCGGUAGCUGUUGGCAACUUGUUUUUUAAAUCUACACCAAUCCUGUUCAGGUUAUUAAAAGAGAUUUUUUUUUUUUUUUAAAGAAAUGGUCAUACACUAACAAAUGUCCAAAUGUCAUGAAUUCUUCUGAGGGAAUUAGGGAAACCCCGGUCAUGUAGGCCUGCAGUUUGCACAGUUUUCCCUUCCAAAUGUGUGUUUAGAUUUAGCGAACCAAACUGAAACGUUUUUGACUUGUUGGUCUGAACCUGGACGGCCUGAGCGGAUCCGUCAGAUCUGCUGGAGCGUCCAGCGGCUGUGGAGCGAGCGCCGACGGCCGCGGCUCCGGAUUAUUCCUUCCAGUGGAAGGUGGUUUGUGUGUCUUUCUGUCUCAACCGUGAAGGAAACUGUACAUAAGAGUUUUAUGGAAAAAUAGUCAGUAUUAUGAAUUUGCUCGGGGUGAAUCCAUCUUUUGGUGUUCGAUGGCAUGUCGCAUUUUCAUGUUGUUGCUUUUUUUUUCUUUUAAAAAAGAAAUAAACCUAUUUU